CUGUGCAGCUGCCGGGUGCUGGGCAUCUUGGGUUUAACUGAACCUCAGAGCCAUCGCCAUGUCUGGACGCGGCAAGCAGGGCGGCAAGGCUCGCGCCAAGGCCAAGACUCGGUCCUCCCGGGCCGGGCUGCAGUUCCCCGUGGGCCGCGUGCACCGGCUGCUGCGCAAGGGCAACUACGCCGAGCGCGUCGGCGCGGGCGCUCCCGUGUACCUGGCUGCCGUGCUCGAGUACCUGACGGCUGAGAUCCUGGAGCUGGCGGGCAACGCGGCGCGCGACAACAAGAAGACGCGCAUCAUCCCGCGCCACCUGCAGCUGGCCAUCCGCAACGACGAGGAGCUCAACAAGCUGCUGGGCAAGGUCACUAUUGCCCAGGGUGGUGUUCUGCCCAACAUCCAGGCCGUGCUGCUGCCCAAGAAGACCGAGAGCCACCACAAGGCCAAGGGAAAGUAAAGUCUAAGAUCUGUAAAGGUUUUUUUGUUUUGUUUUCAAACCAAAGGCUCUUUUCAGAGCCAUCC